GUUAUAUCGCUUAAUAUAAAGCCCUAUAUUUCGCUUUGCACCUCCCACUCUGUGCAUUAGGUUUCAUUUUAGCGGCAGACGAGAGAGCUAAAGCAAGGAGCAACCCUAACCAUGGCGACUCAACCAGCUACUGAAUCUGUGCAAUGCUUCGGAAGGAAGAAGACCGCAGUGGCCGUCACUCACUGCAAGCGUGGAUCUGGUUUGAUCAAGCUCAACGGUUGCCCAAUCGAGCUUUUCCAGCCUGAGAUCCUCCGAUUCAAGAUCUUCGAGCCGGUUCUUCUCCUCGGAAAGCACCGUUUCGCUGGUGUGAACAUGAGGAUCCGUGUCAACGGUGGUGGUCACACAUCCCAGGUUUACGCCAUCCGUCAGAGUAUCGCGAAGGCUCUUGUUGCGUACUACCAGAAGUAUGUGGAUGAGCAGUCGAAGAAGGAGAUUAAGGAUAUCUUGGUGAGGUAUGAUAGGACUCUGCUUGUGGCGGAUCCGAGGAGGUGUGAGCCGAAGAAGUUUGGUGGUCGUGGUGCUCGUUCUCGUUACCAGAAGAGUUACCGUUAAACAAAGCUGGUUUGUGUUUUGUUUUUCAAUUUGGAAUCAUCGUAAGGUUUUUUUGGGAGUAUGGACUUGUGAGACUCUUUAGAUUUUAUAAUUUCUGCUUUAUUAUGCUUGUUGGAUUAUGGUGAUUCUCCAAGAAACUUAUGUUUUGUUAUGUCUACUAUUUUCUUAUUUUUAUUUCAUUGUCUUGUCGGUAUUUACUCUUUAUAUCUUGUCCUGAUAUGUGUGGCAUUUGCAUAGUCCGAUCAAAGGUUAGGUUAAUCGUUUCUUAUACAAACUUAAUCUAGGUGUUGUUGAGUUUAUGAGAAGGCUGUUGUUUAAUGUGGCUUAGCUAUAAACUACAGUGUGAUGAAAUCUCUGUUAAACAAAUGGACUUAACGUUAGUCUUUGCUCCUGAGUAGAUCAAUAGAAGUUGUGUUAUGCUUAGUUUGAUGUUGUUUUGAUCUGUAAGCUAAGUGAAGCACAUAGCAUAUAUUGUUUUAAUCUUUUGAUUUCCCAUUUGACCUAAUCUAGCUGUGUGCUGUUAAUCAUAUCUUAAGUUUUC